GUGGAAUAUAAUACACGCGAAAAUAAAUUAUUUAGAUAAAAUUUAUUUAGUUUAAGCAUAUUACGUUUAAUAAUAUUACCGAAAACUUUUAUAUAAAGUGCGGUAAAAUAACUGUGAUAUUUCAAAAAUGGGUGCCGAAGUUGGUAUUGGAAGACAAUUCUUGAUUGCGAGUUGCUUAUACAUAGGUCAGUUAAUGUGUGGCUAUGGAUUAGGAUGGCCAGCUCCUGUACUAGCUUCACUGCAGAAUCCAGAGCAAACCAUAUUGGAUACUCCGAUAACUGUUGAACAAGCAUCCUGGAUUGCGUCGUCCAGUUUUGUUGGAUUCCUUACCGGUCCCUACGUCUCCGGGUACCUAUGUAAUGCAGUUGGAAGGAAACCCUGUCUGUACUUUGGUGGCGUAUUCCUAGGUCUUGGAUUCAUGAUCUUGGCAUUAGCCAAACAUAUAGCUGUCAUGUAUGUUGGUAGGGCAGUCGUGGGCUUCGGUACUGGAGUGCUAUUCGUCACAAAUCUCGUGUAUCUUGGUGAGUUGGCAUCAAUACGAAACCGUGGCACUCUUCUCACUCUAACAGGAUUCUCAAGUACUUGUGGUACUCUCAUUGCCUACUCCGUUGGACCAUUUGUGUCGUACGCUGCAAUAUCAUGGAUAGCAUCGGGCAUUGCUGUUGCUUACAUCAUUGGAGUAUUCUUCAUUGUCCCUGAAACUGCUGUUUAUCUUGUUAUGGCAAAUAGAAGAGACGAAGCAAUGGAUCUCCUCACAUCGCUGGGCAGAAAAGAUGACAUAGAUGAUGUAGUGGCUAAAGCAAAUGAAAAACCAAUUUCAUACAAAGCUCAGAUGGCUGAGAUGUUCACUAUAAAGUCGAAUCAGAAAGCACUAUUUUUGAUUAUUACAUUAAACAUUAUGCAACAACUGAGUGGAAUUAAUAUAGUGUUAUCUUUUUCUACGACUAUUUUCGAAAUGACUGGGUCGUCUAUGGAGUCCCAUAUAUCUACCAUAAUUGUUGGAGUCACACAGUUUGCCCUUGGUGCUUAUUUCUUCCUUUUCGACAAUGAUUACGACAUCGCUGACGACCUACAAUGGAUGGCACUGGCAUCAGUAGUGCUGUACUUCAUCGCUUAUUUCAGUGGUUUUGGCAUCAUCCCCAACGCGUUUAUUGGUGAAAUGUUUACUGACAACUGCAGAGGAUUCAGUUCCACCUUCACUGUAACUAUAGGGUGGGUUUUUGGUUUCGGUAUAACGGCUGCGUUUGGCUAUAUGUUGCCUGCUUGGGGACCCAGCGUGACUUUUUGGAUCUUCGCCGGUGCCAGCGUCUUCGCCUGCUUGUUCAGUGCUAUAUUUGUUCCUGAGACCAAAGGAAAGAGCAUGUUGGAAAUUCAAGAGAUCUUAAUGUACAUUGGCCAGCUUAUGGUUGGUUACUCCAUGGGAUGGACAGCUCCAGUGCUGGCCGAACUACAGAGUCCAGAUCAAACUGUGCUGGACUCCGUAUUAACAGUAGAACAAGGAUCCUGGGUGGUGUCUGUCAUAUUUAUAGGAACUAUUACAGGUCCCUACGUCUCAGGGUAUCUCUGUAACGUGAUAGGCAGAAAGCCUUGUCUGUACAUUGGGGGUGUCUUCAUGACCCUGGGCUUCUUAAUACUCGCAUUAGCUAACCAGCUAGCUAUGUUAUACGCUGGCAGAAUUAUCAUGGGAAUCGGCAACGGAAUGUUGUUCGUCACAAAUCUCGUCUACCUUGGAGAAUUAGCGUCAACACAUGUUCGAGGUACAUUACUAACACUGACCGGAUUCUCCAGUACAUUUGGAACUCUAAUAGCAUAUGUUGUGGGCCCGUACGUGUCCUUCGCUGCGAUUGGUUGGCUAGCCGUAGCCAUUGGGGUUGUUUACAUCAUUGCUUUGUUCUUCUUCGUACCUGAAAGCGCCGUCUAUUUCGUUAUGGCCGGCAAAAAAGACCAAGCGAUGGAACUCCUCACGUCACUGGGCAGAAAAGACGACAUAGAUGAUGUAGUAGCUAAAGCAAAUGAGAAACCAAUGUCAAACAAAGAUCAGAUGGCUGAGAUGUUCACUAUAAAGUCAAAUAGAAAAGCAUUAUUCAUAAUUAUCGUUCUGAACAUUGCCCAACAAGCUAGCGGUGUAAUUGCUGUGAUUUCGUUUGCUACGACCAUUUUCGAGUUGACCGGAUCAUCUAUGGAGGCCCACAUAUCUACCAUUAUUGUUGGAGUUACACAAGUUGGUGCAGGCAGUAUUGCACCUCUAUUUGUAGAUAGAACUGGAAGAAAGAUAUUAUUGUUAAUCUCUACUGCUGCUUGUUCUAUAAGUUUGAUUGCUCUUGGUGUUUACUUCUUCCUAUACGAUAAUGGUUAUGACAUUGCUGACGACUUGCAAUGGAUGUCGCUUGUCUCACUUGUGCUAUACUUCAUCGCUUAUUUCAGUGGAUUCGGUAUCAUCCCCAACACGUUUAUUGGAGAAAUGUUCACUGACAACUGCAGAGGAUUCAGUUCCACCUUCACCGUCACAGUUGGAUGGGUCUUCGGCUUUGGAAUAGCAACUGCAUUCGGAUACAUGUUGCCAGCUUGGGGACCGGCAGUAACCUUCUGGAUCUUCGCUGCAGCUUGUGCCUUAGCCUGCUUGUUUAGCGCAAUAUUCGUACCUGAGACCAAAGGAAAGACCUUACUAGAAAUCCAGGAGAUACUUAGUAGAUAA